GGGGGUGGGGAUGUGUAUUGAGUGUGUAACUGUUAAGCGCGCCCUUUAUCGGACAAGCAACUCGCCGUGUCGUGUCUUUACGCAUUCCAUUACGCACAAACUUUGAUACGCACAGGAGCCACUGCUGGAGCAUAUUGUCUGACAGGAUGAGCCACGUGCGGACAUAACGGUGAAACCCCUUCCUUCAUUGUUGGCGUCCUCAAACCUUCGUGGAUCCUAAAGCUGCUCUGACUGCGACCAUGACGUCCAAGUCCACUUUCCUGAAGGUGAUCCUUCUGGGUGACGGCGGCGUGGGGAAGUCGUCCCUCAUGAACCGCUACGUCACCAACAAGUUCGACUCGCACCUCUUCCACACCAUCGGCGUGGAGUUCCUCAACAAGGAGCUUGAGGUGGACGGGCACAGCAUCACGCUGCAGAUCUGGGACACGGCGGGUCAGGAGCGCUUCCGCAGCCUCCGCACGCCGUUCUACCGCGGCUCCGACUGCUGCCUGCUCACCUUCAGCAUCGACGACCGGCAGAGCUUCCGCAACCUGGCCAACUGGAAGAAGGAGUUCACCUAUUACGCUGACGUCAAGGACCCGGACAACUUCCCCUUCGUGGUUCUGGGCAACAAAGUGGACGUGCUGGAGCGCCAGGUGUCCGGGGAGGACGCGAGGCGGUGGUGCGGUGAGAAUGGCGGACACCCGUACUUUGAGACAUGCGCCAAGGAUGCUACGAACGUGGCGCCGGCCUUCGAGGAGGCGAUUCGCGGUAUCCUGGCGAUGGAUGACAGAGCGGACGACCUCAUCCACACCAACACGGUGGACUUACAGAGAAAGAGUCGCCCGAACCCCAGCUGCUGCUGAGCCGAGAGGAACGCCCCGGCUCACGUGACGCUUGAUGCAGUUUGUGGUUCGGCCAAAAGAGGAACCGGUGUUUGCUUGCGUCUGAACAUUCUGCGGUGUUCUUCUCACUUCAGCCUUUUUAAGACGGAUGAAUACAUUUCAAAGAACGGACGACGUUCUGUGCCAACUUUCAGCAUUUCCUUUUUUACCACCAAGGGACCGGAAACCUCCGUGGACCAGCUGGAAGUUCGGAGACGCGGUUAUUACUCGAUGAAAAGCAAUAAAAGAACGUCAAAUGAAAUAAAAGCUCUAAUAUAUCUUUGCAGAUUUCAUAGAUUUAUUUGUGGUUAGUAACAAACCUCAGUUACUGAUGAAUAAUUGCUUGAUAUACCUCAGUAAUAAUCACUAUUCAUGUGUUGAACUUGUGACAUGUGACAACCAACCAGCCAGUUGCCAAAGAAGCUUCAGGAAAGUUGGGCUGAAAAAGUGAUUUGUUUUUUUGUCCAUGCUGCAAAUUAAGUUGAAUAAAGUAAUUCAUGUUUUAUAACAGUUAAUUUGUUUCCUCCAGUAGAACAGUAUGUUAAUCACACUAGAUUAUAACCAGCUAAUGCUGCCAAAUAAUUACAAUUACUAUCAGCACAACACAAUUAAAUAGUGACAAACAGUUUUGAAAUAUUACAUCACGACUGCUUGCAUCUAAAUUUGUUGUAAUUACCUUUAUAGAUUAGAUUUCAUGUUUUUAAUCACAUGAUCAACUUGUAUUUGCUUGUUGGGUGAACGGUGCCACAGCAGAGAUUGUUUCUUUUAAUACAGUUGUUGCUAUAAUGUGUGUGUGUGUGUGUGUUGACCCUGAAGUCACUGGAACACUGUGGCCUCUCUGAUCUCAUUCCUUCGAGGCACAUGACUCCCAGUCAGUGGCCAAAAAUGAAAUAGAGGGAAAAUAAGUGAUAUCUUUCUUUGAAAACCCUCUUUGUCCCAUUUAUCAAAAGUCAGAGAUAUUCCCCUGUUUGUGGUUUCAUAGUUAACACACUGGUUCAGACGAUUUCUCCAGUUCCAAUUUGAAUGUGUGAACUAAAUGAACAUGAUUUGGUGUGAGGGAAGACACCUGUGGGCCUGCGGUUGCGAGAGCUGCUGUGGUCGUUCAGUAGUUUCACAAACGUAAUGUGUUCGAACCACAUCCUGAUUCCACAUCAGAGCUCUGAAGAAACCAACUGACUCUGGUCUCUGGACGGUUUCCACUGAGGUCUGAGGAAU